AUGAAUGAUUUUAGAAAGAAUUUUAACCGAAGCGUGAUUGAGUCACCUGAUGCCUCGACGAAUCUACCACCUGUUCUUCCUACGCUUUCCCAGUCCCCAGCACAAUCAAUUACACCAACCACCCCCAGUAACAGUAGAAAUGUUAGGACACCUUCCAGAAAGUGCUCGACACCGCUAUUUAAUAGGCCAGCUAUUACUGUCGAGGAUUUGUUGAAGGUGACUUUAAAGAAAGCACCUCAAAACAUUAAGGAGAAUAGAAGAAAUACCAUACCAGGGCCAAGAGGACCCGUGGUUUCAUUGGACAUGUUACGUAGCGUGAAAUUAAAGUCUGCCAGGCGCAGAUCGAACGACCAAAUCGUGAGAUCUCCUAGAAGUGCUCGUAUAAUAAAAACUAGGACAUCGAGCCUCAGUCUAUCGCCGAUAGGUACAGAUAACUCGUUGGGACGAAUCCUGAAACAGGUGGAUCUUUACAGACGAGGACCUAGACGUCUAUUGUCAAACACGUCGAGUUUUAACGGUAUAAUAAAAGAUAAUCAUUUACAAAACGCGAACGCGAAAGAUAACAGCUCGUAAGCUACAAUUGUAUAAACAUAAUUCGUUAUUGAUGAAUGAUUUUAGAAAGAAUUUUAACCGAAGCGUGUAAUUUUAAUGGAUUAAAUUAUCAUUUUUCUCGAAUUGAUUGAUUAUUACGUGCAGGAUUGAGUCACCUGAUGCCUCGACGAAUAAACCAAUUGAAUUUGAUAUCUUCUUCGAUUAAAAUUGAAAUUGAGACAUGUAGAUGGAGGUACAUAUUAAUCGAAUAUUAGGCGAUUUAUUCCGGCACGUGACACUAAUUGCAAAGAUAACUUGACCUAUUUCAUUUCGAUUCCUGAUAAUGAUUACCGAUAUUCUUUAUAACGCAAUCUAAAGAAAACGAAUAGAGAGUUGUAAUUACUUUAUUUAUAGCUUUCACGUGUAUGUUUGUGUUGGUGUAUGUGUGUAUAUGUGUAUGUGUGAAAGAGUCUAUGUUUGCAUUAUGUGUGGUUUUACAGAAAAAGGUUGUUUCCGGUGUAAUCGCAUUGAUUGUAAUUAGUACAGAGCAUAAGAAUGCAUAUGAAUUUUUCAAAAUGAAAAAACAGAUUUAGUCUCCUCCAAAUGACGAUAAAUUUCGAUAACCGUUGUCUAAUUAAUCGCUUUCGUAAAUUGGGACUAGCGACAAUAUGGAAUGAUCUGAAGAUAGUUACAGAGAUACAACUAAUGUUUAUAAUACAGAGAUAAGAGCAAGUAGUACAUCCAGAGAUGGAAAUAAUAGAUGUUGAUUCUUUCUUCUUCCUCCAAAUUCUCUUUCUCUAUUUCAUUUUAUAAAAAUGGACUAAGCACGCACAACGAUACCGAAUAAAAGAAUAAAAAGCGGUCUCAACCGAUACACCGAUCAUCUAUUUUCUUUUUAAUAACACUACGAGAAACUCAUCAAUGAUCAUUAGUGACUAUCUAUGAUUUUAUUUGUUCGGGAACACACUACGCUUCUGCUUUUUUGCCAUUUAAUAAGUCACACGCUAUAUCAUCGACGAAUAAUGAAUUGUUAACGCGUUGGGCUACUUCAAUCUUGUAUUUUUUGUUGUCAUCGUGUAAGCAAGUAAUUGGAUUUGAGGUAUCUCACAGUUUUAUCGUCGUUUGGAAUUCACUACACCGUUCAUUACCAUUGACAAUUUUAUUGUACCUAAAUUUUUCUCUUUUUUUAUGACUUGUCACUCUCUUACGCAUGAUAUACGUGUUGGUACAAUGCAAAACUCUUCUUAACCGAUAGUUACGACUUUCUCUGACUCGUACUCCACUGUUCUUCCUCCAUCGUUCUUGUUCAUGAUUCCAUUUACACCUUCGUGCCCUCCAUACUGUCUUCAACCGCUAAUACGUUCGACGGUACGCUCUUAAUAAACCGUUCUUCUUCUUGUUUUUCUUCAUUAUCGCAUGAACAAUUCUUGUUGUUGAAUUUUCCCCCAUACGUGGUUUACGCUCUUAAGAUUACUCGCAUAUACUUACUUACGGUGCCGUUGAUAUUAUUUUGCGUUAUUUUCUUUAUAACGUUAUUUACGUAACAUGAUUAUCAAUUUGUAUCGUUAUUAAUACCUAAAUACAAGGGGAGGAGCACACGAUGUACACCAAAAUUUCUAGGCAGAGCUCAACUUCGCUUGGCGUGUUCUUCUUUUUGCGUAUUUCUUUUCAGGUAGUUCACCUCGCUUUUUUGCUGCACGCUUAUAUAACGAUUCUUCUCGUUCAUCGUUAUGGUCAUCGGUCGCGAGGGAAUUCAUGAUUUUAGACGGUAUAUUCGUUACACGUACACAAUGAUGGUCAAAAACUUAUGGUAUGAUUAAACCCCUCAAUGACACUUCUCUCCGUGCAAUUGGGCGUACGAUUUUACAAAGAGUUGCAGCGAACAUAAAUUUUUGACCGAUACUAGACGCCUGAACACAAUGAAAACGUACGCAUCGUAUUGUUAAGCUUGUUUCGUUAAAUACGUGCAAAAUAGAUUGUGUUUAGACUAACGAACGUAUACUCUGUCUAUAGACAAAGUUCAUUGGAAUGUCUUUUUUAAGCGGAAAUCGGCGGUACGGUUAAUCGAUAAUAAGGUGAAUGGACGCACGGCUAAAGAUAUCAGCUAAGAUACAGUGGAAUCGAGGACAGUGAUAGCGAAAGUGAGCACGAGUAAAAAACGGAAAACAAAAAUAAAUGAACGUCGGGAUACAAUCGUUUAUUCUGUAAUUCGUAAUACCACAGCGAUCGUUAUAGUUUAUACACAAGGGGCAUUAUGAACCAUUAAAUACGGACUAGCUGGAUAGCUACUUGUUUCCUAUUUUAACGGUGAAACGUAACUUGUCGUUUUUAAUGAAAAAUGGAAAACGCUCGUCUAUUUCAAAAAUUUCUUUCCAUCGAAAAGCUUACAGAUUGAGUGAAAGAACAUCUGUCACAUUGAAAACCGAUACUUCUUUUCUCACUCUGUUAGAUUUCCUUUUUCUUUUUAUUUACCCGAAAAGCCAGACUUCGAUGUUAUUGCAUUUUUUUAAGUACGACGCUACCGUGGUAAGCGCAUUCUCUUAAUCGUUUAAUCAUUUUCGGUUAAAGUUCGUUCGUUGAACCGAUUAAAAAUAUAAUAAAAAAUUUGACGCAAGAUCGACAAAAUGCCUUUUUGUCUUAGAAAAUUUGUAUCUACUUACAAAGGAAUCGCUUGCGUUAUAAGUAUACACAAGAAGAUUGAAUUCGUGAUACGAUAGCUUGCCAAUGAAUGAUCGAAAUACUUUUGGCGAACCUCAGCUCGUAACUCGACUGGAAAAAGAGUUAUUUUCUGCGGAAAAACUCAUGCUCAGAAUGAUAGCGUAUGAAAUUACUUGUGUGUAACUAGACUUCAUCAGAAGUACAUUCAUAAUAUCUUAGUAGGAAAAGAAUAAAAAGGGGCAGAGAUGAAAAGCGCGUGGCUUGUCCCCGACUCUGUUCACCGUGACCAACCCACGUUCUUUCACUCCGAAGAGACGCGUUUAUCCCUUAGAUAAACAGAUGAUUUACACUCGAUUUACACGCAUACAUUAAUAAUCGUUAUUUAUCGUGGUAUGCGAGAGCAAUCAUGCGCGCAGUAAAAAAGCGGGGAAGAGGACGAGGAGGAGAGAUUGCGAAGGAGGGGCGGG